CAAUUUUGUAAUUUGUAUCAUUUUUGUCCAUUUUGAAGUUGUCAGCUGCUACUAUACUUGAAGCCUAAAGUCUCGCCUAAAGUCCAGUCCAGUCCAGUCCAGUCAAUCGAAACCGAAAAACUUUUAUCGAUAGAAGAGAGCCUGAAGAGUCAAAAGGGAGUGAGGUAGAGGAAGGGACUGAAAUUUCUAAACAAAAAGGUGGGGCGGGGAAAAGGAGCAUCAGCAGAAGAAGAGAUCAAGAUUAGGUGGAGCUGUUCAUUAUUUUUCUAAGCGAAUAACAGAACCAUCAGGAGAGACCCUAACAUCAACGUGCAACCAAAGGAGCCACUCCUCCUACUGCUCAUGAUACUAGUGUUUCUGACAGUCAGUCAGUGUCCACUAUCAAGGAUUUUGGAGCACCUAACGAGUUUAGUUGUAGUCAAACCAUGUCUGGUUUAGGUUCAAUGAAUAAUCAGAAGGUUGUUAAGUCAGAUGCACAUGUAGACCAAGGAGCAAGUGCCACACAGUUAGAUCCAUCAAUUAGUGAAUCAGAAAGGGAAUGUAAGGAAGAUAAUUUUAUCAUUCAAGGCAGUAAAGUCAAAGAGGAAUAUGAGACAAAAGGAAAUGAUUACGAGCAGAGAAUCAGCCAACUUACCAAAUCACUGAGCAAGAGAGAGGAAGAAGUAAUUAAACUCAAGAUAGACCUGAAUGCCAAUAAAAUGCUUUUAAAAGAGAAAUUAAAAGAAAAAUAUAAAGCAUACAAUGAACAGGAAGCUAUCAAGCUACAAUUGGAGAGGGAGUUAGCUGUAGCAAAGGAAGAGAUGAAACUUUUGAAUGAGAGGCUUAACAGUAGUAAGGAGGAAGAACUGAAGCAGAAAAUAAGUGAACUUGAAAAGGAAAUGAACGAGAAAGUUCAACAUCUUCAACUGAAAGAAGAACAGUUAUCUGAGAAAGAGAAAAGUGUGUUUAAUGCCGAAGGAAGUGAUACUGCUGAUAAGAGAGACAGAGAGUUACAUGUAAUGAUCAAACAAGUGGAAGAUUUAAAGGAAGAGAGUAAAAAAAAUAUUGCUGAGGCUACACAACGUAUUGAUAAAUUAGAGGAGAUACACAAGGAGCAACUUGAAGAGAUUGAUAAAUUGAGAGAAGAGAAUACAAUACUAGCAGGGACUGUAGAGGAACAAGGAAAUAUGAGAGAAAGGCUUACUGAGUUGGAAGCAUUGUUUGAUAAAGUUGCUGCUAGUCAUGAGGAAGAAAUGAAUGACAUUAGAAGAAAGGAGGAAACAAAACGAGUUGAACUGGAAGAAAAAUGGAAAAGAAAAUUUGAUGAAGAGUCUCAGCAAAGAUUACAAUUUCAUUUACAAGAGAUGAAGGAGGCAAUGGAGGAAGUAAAGAAAAAAUACAAGGACAGGCUUCAAGCUAGAGAAAAGGAAUUGCAGGUUCAGCUGGAGAAAUUUAAUCAAGAAAACAAAGAAUUAAAGGAGCAUUUGUAUAAUCGGGAAGAAGCUUACACUGUUUUACAGGAUUCAUUAGACAAAAAGAGUGUGACUUCUAUGGCGCUAGAAAAACAAGUUGAGGAUAUAGUGAAUCACUCAGCAGAAAAGGAUCAAAAAAUAAAAGAAAUAUCAGAGAUACUUGCUUGGAAAGAGGCACAGAAUGAAUUAUUGAAACAAGAUUUUGAAAGUGAGAGGAAGGAUCGAGAAAGAAUAAAUGACCAACUAAUACAACUACAAAAACAACAUGAAAUAUUGAAGCAAGAAUCAACUGAGAAAGAAGCACAAAUGAAAUUUCAUAAACUCAAUAAAUCAAAAAGUAUUUUAGUGCGUGAUUUAGAAGAGAGUAGGAAGGAUAUAGCUACUAAAGGUGCUGAAAUUGAAUCUUUAAUUCAAAAGAUUGCUCAACUUGAGAAACAACACACUGAAGAAAUGAAAAAAAUUAAAAAGAAACUCAUAGAUUCAGAAGCAGGAGAGACAGAAAGAAUGAAAGAAAUGAAGGAAGAAAUGCAAAUACUAACAGCACAAGUGAAUGCUUACAGUCGUGAAGUGGACAAGCAAAAAGGAUUAGUAACUCAGAGUCAAGAGAAACACAAAACUGAGGUAUUGUGCAUCAUUUUCAUGUGUUUUACAUGGGUCAGUGUAUAUUGAAAUUUCAAUCUUUAUUCUCAAUAAUCAAUAUACAAAUGCUAAUGAGCUGGCUAGAAUGAGACAACAGUUAGAAAAUGUAUCUGCUGAUAAAGAAGAAUUACUGAGGGCAUAUCAUCAGGAACAAGCAA